UGAUGUACAAUUCAUAUCAAUCCACAGGGAAACAACAACAAUGAAGACUGCCUUGCAUUUUCUCUUCUUUCUUUCUGUCGUCACAAUCUGUUCUUCUUUAGAAUUAGAAUGGCUUGAGUCCCCUAAUCCUACUGGUUUCCUUAGAUGCCUUAGAUCAAGCACAACAGAUCAUAUUAAUCAGCUCACCUUCACCUCUGCUAAUUCCUCCUACACUGAUAUCUACUCUUUCUCCGCCAGAAACCCAAGAUUUCUUAAUGCAUCCGGCCGGCUUAGCCCCGCUGUCAUCGUCACUCCUUCAGCCGAAUCACAAGUCCAAGCUGUGGUCAUUUGCGCGAGGAAAAAUGACAUGCAGAUCCGAACAAGAAGCGGAGGUCAUGACUUCGAGGGUCUUUCGUAUAGUAGCACGUAUACUCGUCCAUUCGUGCUACUUGACAUGAUCAAUCUUCGGUCUGUCAUAGCCGAUCCGGUAGCAAAGACCGCAAUUGUGCAAGCAGGAGCGACUCUGGGAGAGGUCUAUUACUGGAUCAACCGAGCAAGCGGCACUCUGGCUUUUCCAGCCGGGGUUUGGUCCACUGUUGGCGCCACUGGACUUAUUUGCGGUGGCGGAUACGGUCCUUUACGACGAAAGUAUGGUUUCGCAGCUGAUAAUGUGCUGGAUGCACGUAUUGUUGACGUGCGUGGCAAUAUUCUUGACAGAAAAGGAAUGGGAGAAGAUCUCUUCUGGGCCAUUCGUGGGGGGAGUUGUUCUAGCUUCGGAGUCAUUUUGUCGUGGAAGCUAAAUUUAGUCGAUGUACCAUCGAAACUUACGAUAUUUACGGUGACUAGGGAAGAAAGGCAGACUGAAAUUAUGUAUCCGUUCCAAACAAUUGCUCCGGUUCUUCCCAAUGAAUUGGACAUCAGGUGCCGAAUCAGUACAGUCAGAAACAACGCGAGUACUCGAGCCGAUGGUCUCGUAGUUCAACUCGGCUUUACUGGCUCAUACCUCGGUUCAGCUGAGGAAGCUCUCGCCAUUUUCGAUUCCAGGCUGCCGCAACUAAGAAUACAGAGAUCCGAGCUCCAAGAAGUGACAUGGAUCGAAGCUUUAAUGCAGUCUUCAUUCUUCCCCUUCUUCUCCGCCAACUACACUCCCGAGAAUUUCCUCGACAGAACAUUCCUAGCCGAUAUUCCCACCAAAGCCAAGUCCGACUUUGUCCGAUCCCCGAUCUCCGUUCCAGGCCUUAACGGCUUAUGGGACAAGCUUCUUGAAGUUGGAGAAGGGGAGACCACGGUUAUCUUCACUCCAUACGGAGGAGUACUCGACAGCUACCCGGAAUCAACCAUUCCAUUCCCGAACAGAGCCGGAACAUUGUUCAUGAUCUACGCGAGAGUGCUUUGGGUCGGAAACACUACACAGAAACUCGAAUGGAUUCGAAGCUUACAUGACUACCUGACUCCAUAUGUCUCAAGCAACCCGCGAAGAGCUUAUUAUAAUUACGACGAUCUGGAUCUCGGUGCGAAUCCUGCAACUGGAAUGAUCAGCAACAUUGCUGCACGUAGAUGGGGGAGAAGCUACUUCAACAACAACUUCAAUAGAUUGAUUGCGAUCAAGACAUUGGUUGAUCCUGUUAACUUCUUCAGACAUGAGCAAACCGUGCCUACGUUUUCACUCAUACAAGACAUGUGAUCCACACGCACGUGCUGAUUUCUUCGUUAUAAUCACUCGAGAUUAAUAAUUAUUAGAAUUAAGCUACGGCAUGGCUGCAUGCAUGUCUAGCUAGUAGCUAGAUCGUUUUUGUUGCUUUUCUGUAUCUGCUUUGGAUCAUUAUGUUGGGUUUUUUUUUUUUUUUUUUUUUUUUGAAUAAGGAUCAUUAUGUUGGUUGAUGAAUGAUGAUCCUUCACCUUUAAUUUCAAAUAAUGUAAUUUUUCGUCCUCAAUUAUUACAUGCACACCCCUCAUUUCAA